AUGAAUACUCGUCAUAGGAAGUUGGCUCCUAUUCCAUACAAGCCAUCUGAGAAAUGGCACCUUAUGCAUGAGGAGUAUUUUCCCAUUUUUGUCCCUGACCGCCGUGAACAGGUGGAGUACUGGUAUAAUAAGACCGCAACCGGACAACAACGGGAUGCCUUCCGUCGUAUUUGUGAACGCAUGUAUGCACAGGAUCCCAAUAAACAAGAGCCAGAAUACAGUGCGGCCUAUACACGUAAUAUUGCGAUAUGUGAAGUAAAAGUGAUGUUAAAGGAAUAUGGAGAAGUACUCUCCGAGUUGGGGAAGAGACUUGCUCGUGUUUGGAUUCUACAUGAGGCAACUCGUCGAGAUAAGGAAACUUUUCGUGAGAUCUUCACCGGAGCACAGACUCUCUUUAUUCCUGUUUCCGUUAUGAAAGCAGACUACGUAGCACCAGAUGAGGAGGUUUACAAGGAUAUGGAUCGAAGUAAUUUUCUCUCCUCUGUGGACUGGAGCAGUUCAAAGGAGAGUGAAAAGAGACAAGAACUUCAUCGAAAGAAGUUUGGUGAAAAACGUUUAACGCUUGAGCAACAACGUCCACGUGUGACCAAACCAAAGAACCAAUUUGAUGGUAUCAAUCCUCUCGCAACACUUGGGUAUACAGAUAUCAGUGAAGAAGAGGCUGUAGUGAAACUCCGAGAAAAACUAGAAGAACAUGCAAAUUCAGAUAGAUACUACACUGUUGAUGGAUGUACAGUUUAUGUUGCUGGAAACUCUAAAAAGAUGAAUCCAAGUGUCGCCAACAGUAUAAAGGGUGGAGUUAUUGCAACCAUCUGUGAGGACUGA